AUGGCUCCUCCACUCCUCCAACUUCUCCUCCUCUCUGCACAGGUGUGCGUGGGUGGCAGUGUUCAUAGGAACAGCAACAGUAGUGCAGAUGACCCCAAGAGUUUCUGUUUUGAGAAAGUCCAAUGUCAACCGGGGCUCCUACUUCCUGUCUGGCUGCCACAUGACACCUCAUUGGCGGUGCAAGCCAUAAGAGCAGUGAUUUACUUCUCAUCUCUUCUCUACAUGUUUCUGGGUGUGUCCAUCAUUGCCGACCGCUUCAUGGCUGCCAUCGAGGUCAUCACCUCACAGGAGAAAGAGGUCACAGUGACAGGUGCAAAUGGAGAGAAAACUGUAAUGACAGUUAGAAUCUGGAAUGAGACGGUCUCCAACCUCACACUCAUGGCCUUGGGUUCAUCAGCCCCUGAGAUUCUGCUGUCUGUAAUAGAGGUGUGUGGACAUGGUUUUGAGUCAGGAGAAUUAGGCCCUGGCACUAUAGUUGGCAGUGCUGCAUUUAACAUGUUCGUGAUAAUCGGAGUGUGUGUGUGGGUGAUACCUGACGGAGAGGUGAGGAAGAUCAAACACCUGAGAGUCUUCUUCAUUACUGCAUUCUGGAGCAUCUUUGCCUACAUCUGGCUCUACCUCAUCCUGGCAGUCAUCAGCCCCGGCAUCGUACAGGUCUGGGAGGCUCUGGUCACUCUCUUCUUCUUCCCCGUGUGUGUACUCAUGGCGUGGAUUGCUGACCGCCGCCUGCUCUUUUACAAGUACUUGCACAGAUGUUACCGUACUGACAAACGUCAUGGUAUCAUUGUGGAGAUGGAGGGUGAGCUAGCACCCAGAGGCAUUGAUGCCAUCAUGGGGGGGGAAUAUAAAAACAGCACAACUGGCACCAUUGUCAAUAUGGAGAAAAAUAAAGAGCCUGAACAGGACCGAGAGGAGGUAAUUCGUAUGCUGAAAGACCUCAGAGAGAAGCAUCCGGACAAAGAUCUGGACCAGCUGAUUGAAUUGGCAAACUAUGCCAACAUGCAGAAACAGCACAAGAGUCGGGCCUUUUACCGGGUGCAGGCAACACGCAUAAUGAUCGGUGCUGGUAAUGUACUGAAGAAACAUGUUGCAGCCGAACAGGCAAAGAGGGCAGCUGCAGAUUCAAGUGAUGAUCUGGCCACCUGUGCUCACAUCGCUUUUGAGCAGGCACAGUACCAGUGCAGAGAGAACUGCGGGGGUGUCAGUCUGUGGGUCUGCCUGCAGGGGGGAACAGGCACCAGAACCUUCCAUGUCGAUUACAGGACAGAGAACGGCUCAGCUAAUGCUGGGGCAGAUUAUGAUUAUUGUGAGGGAACAAUCGUGUUUCAGACUGGAGAGACACGCAAAGAAAUAAAGGUGGGCAUUAUUGAUGAUGAUGUGUUUGAGGAAGAUGAACACUUCUUUGUGCGUCUCUCAAACCUGCGAGAGGGAGAGGCCGGGAUUAACACUGACGGUGCACGACUGGUUGAACCCUUCGUAACCACAGUAACCAUUCUGGAUGAUGACCAUGCGGGAAUGUUCUCAUUCGCUCAACGGGAGCUUUGCGUGGGUGAAUGCUCAGGUGUGGUUGAGGUGCCGGUGAACCGGACCUCAGGUGUGCGUGGGACCGUCAUGAUUCCCUUUCACACGGAGGAUGGUUCUGCACGACAGGGUGUUGACUAUGAACAUACACAAGGAGAGCUGGAGUUUACCAAUGAGCAGACUAGUGAGACACUACAGGUACGCAUCAUUAACAUGCAAGAAUAUGAGAAGCGAGAACAUUUCUACAUUGUCCUUGAAGAACCAAAAUGGCUCAAGAGAGGCAUUUCAGCCACCCCUGGUCCACAAGUGGAGGAGGCCAGACAUAUAGCAGAGAAAGGAAAGCCCAUUCUGGGAGAACCCAGCAGGCUAAAAGUCAUUAUAGAGGAGAAUAUGGCCUUCAAGAAUACAGUAGACCGUCUGUUGAAGGAUACAAAUCUUGCUGAGGUAAUUGGCACACACUCCUGGAGAGAGCAGUUCAUCGAAGCAGUAACAGUCAGUGCAGGAGAAGGUGACGAGGAAGAUGGGGAGCCUCAGCGACCAUCUUGCUGUGAUUAUUUCAUGCAUGUACUUACAGUGUUCUGGAAGAUUCUGUUUGCGUUUGUUCCACCCACGGAGUACUGGAACGGCUGGGCCUGCUUUGUUGUUUCUAUUAUGGUCAUUGGGCUACUAACCGCCAUCAUUGGAGACUUGGCGUCUCAUUUUGGCUGCACGGUGGGCCUCCGUGACACUGUCACUGCAGUAGUGUUUGUUGCCUUAGGAACUUCCAUACCAGAUACAUUUGCUAGUAAGGUUGCUGCCGUACAGGAUCAGUAUGCAGAUGCUUCGGUUGGAAAUGUAACCGGUAGCAACGGCGUUAAUGUCUUCCUGGGGAUUGGCGUGGCCUGGUCCAUUUCAUCCAUCUACUGGGAGGUCAAAGGUCAGGUAUUUCACGUAGAUCCUGGCUCACUUGCGUUCUCCGUCACACUCUUCACCAUCUUCGCCUUCAUCAACAUUGGUGUGCUGAUGCUACGGCGACGGCCAUCGGUGGGCGGAGAGCUGGGUGGCCCCAAAAUCAUAAAGGUUCUGACUUCAAUGUUGUUCAUCGGUUUGUGGCUUCUCUACAUCACAUUCUCCAGCCUAGAGGCCUACUGUCACAUUACCGGCUUCUGAAGACAAAGAAAGAGAGAAAGACUCAAUAAACAUAAACUGACAAUAAUGACAUACAGAAGAUCAUUUAAGGUUAAGUUAUGUGAGAAUGGAGCUGUGUCUAAUUAUGGUGGUAUUUACUGCAUUUUCCACGGUACAAUGUCUAAAUAUAUAAGUGUGCACUUUCUGUAUACACAAACAAACUUAAAAAGAGAGAGUGAAUGAGUGAGUGAGAAAAAGGGUGAGUGAAACUGAAAGAUAACAAGAUUGUAUGUUUCCAACAUUGGAAAUAGCAACAAUGACUGCAAUUCUGUCAAGGGUGUCUCCAACUCUUGUUUGGCUUUGAUUUCAAAGACAUUCAAAGCACAUUAGAGGAAUUAUGAAAAUUAACUUUGAUUUUUGACACUACCAGGAAUUUACUGUCACGAAGGACAUGAACAUGUGGAUCAUAUUUCUAUCACUUUUUCCAGAACUGUGAAAUGAUUUUAUAUCCUCACUCAAUGACUGGUAACUGAUGUACCUUUGAAGUCAUCUGGAGAUGCUAGGCCUCUCUCUGAGAGAGAGUAGUGAACAAAGAACCCUUUUACAAGUGAGACUGAAUUAGUUUUGAUUUUAGUUCAUUUUGAAACGCAACACUGAUUA